AUUUAAGUGUGAGUGAGUGAGUGAGUGAGUGAGCUCGGGUUACCUGAUAGCAGGUGAGGCACUGGACAGCAACACUCAACGCUCAGAUGGCUCUCGAUUUACAGAACCCAAGGCAAGAGUUACCAGGCAAUCAGACGGCAGAGGCGACAGACGGCUCCUUCAGCUCCGAGAGCAACUCCUGCAGACGUGGGCUGGAUGCGGGCGGCUCUGACCCCGUCCCUACUCCCCCCUCCCCGGACGCAGGCUCGCCGCGGCACGAGGACUCUGAUUAUCUGCCCUCCCUCAAGCUGGCCUGCGUCCUGGCCUGUGUCUUCCUCUCCGUCACUUUCCUGCUGGUUUCCAGCGGCACCAACAACACCAUUAGCCGCUCGAGCCACGCCAACGCCAGCAAACAGAGGCUGUUUGGUCACAAACUCAACCGACUGAAGCUGUUGUUCCCAUCGCAGUCUGACUCUCUCUGGGCGGAGCUAGAAAGUGCUCUGAAUCGGCGUCUCCGGGACCAGGGGGAUACCCUGCGAGCCCCCCUGAUCGGAGUGGGAAUGCGAGACGCCUGGAAUACAAUGCUCUGUCUGUCCAGGAACAUUGUCGGCUUGUUACUGGGUGGCGGCAAUGGGCUGACUCCCAAUAUCACCAGUAAGGUGCUGCCUUACAGCAGCUCGGCUGUGGGGGUCAGGUCUCAGGGUAUCGCUGUGGCUGUGAUAGCAGAGAGUGCAGCAAAGCAGGGUUACUCAGUGCUGCUGGGGUCCCAGCCUCCUGCCCUCGUUGCCGUCCUGCCAGCCAGCAUGGAGCAGGCAGAAGAGAUCUUGCUCCAUAACCUGACCUUGAGCGUUCUGACUGAGGUCCUGGGGCACAUGAACCUAUCUGGGCUGGCAGUGCUGCCAGCAUCCCUCCUGGCUGUGAGAGCUGAGGACUAUCUGGAGAGCGGAUUCGUUUGCUGAGGCCAAGCUAUAUUUAGGUGUUUUGUUUCUUGGGUAAUGUGAUGAGCAAUAGUGGAAGUUCAUCUACGCAAAACCACAUGUUGACCAUUUGUCUGUGUGAUCAGGGCUCCCUCUGUCUCCUUGUCCUCCCAUUUUUCUGCUGUUUCUGACACUGUUGACUAGAUCAGAACGCCUCUUGUCAUUCCACCUCCCCAGGACCACACUCUUCCAAUUCCAGUCCUACCUGAUCCAUCGUCUCCACUUUGCCUCCUCCAGUACUCUCUCCCCCCCGCCACACCCCCACCAGACCUCUAGCCUCCCUCAGCCCUCUCUCCUCUUCCUCACCCACACAAACCCUACUUGGCGACAUUAUCUGCACACACAGGGUUAACUGACACCCAAAUCUUCUCCACUUCUAAUUUGGAUUCCAAGUCUUCUGAUGUUCUGUCAGACAUGAAGGCCUGGCUGAGCCUCAAAUUCUUACAGCUUAAUGUGAACAAGACCGAAACCCACCUAUAAACCUGUACCUCUUUGACCUUGUUGACAGUUCCCUCCUUAGGUAGCACAUUGUUAUUGGAGGCGAAUGUGGCAUCUAAUCGGCGCAAAGGAUCAACCCCACCCCUACACAUACCCCACACCUCCCACCCCCCACUCCCCCACCACCAGAGUGAGUGAAAUUAAAACUGCAAACCGGUUUUGUAUAGCAUUCUUCACAUGAGUAGCGUCUCAGAAGAAUCGAGCCAUUCUCUGCUGCUCCAUUGCUCCGGAUGUCCUUUUGCAUUCCCUGCAUUGAGCCAACCCAUUGCAUCCCUUUCUGCUCCCGAUGAUUAGUCACGUUCAUAACAAAAGAUAUUUUGUUUUGGUUUCAUGUGAAAGUAUUGAACAUUAU